CCGGAAGUGCAAGCGCUCCGGUUUCUCCUCGGCCAGGCGGAACGCUCUGCUGGGCCCUGUGGCCGCAAAAGAACUUUCUUUCUCCCGCCCCAACGGUCGCGGCGGCCAACUGCCUCGCCCGCCUGGCAGCCUCACCCCCCCUUGUCUUCUGUUCCUCUCCGGCAUCGCGCGGCCCUGUCUCCCGCUCGCCCGGCGGUAUCCGCUUGCUGCCUCAACCGCCUCCUCGUCUUCUGCCCGGCCAACCGGCCCGCCCCGCUGCAGUGAUGUGCGACAAGGAAUUCAUGUGGGCCCUGAAAAACGGAGACUUGGACGAGGUGAAAGACUACGUGGCCAAGGGAGAGGAUGUCAACCGGACACUAGAAGGUGGAAGGAAACCUCUUCACUAUGCAGCAGAUUGUGGACAGCUUGAAAUCCUGGAAUUUCUGUUACUGAAAGGAGCAGAUAUUAAUGCUCCAGAUAAACAUCAUAUUACCCCUCUUCUGUCUGCUGUCUAUGAGGGUCAUGUUUCCUGUGUGAAAUUGCUUCUGUCAAAGGGUGCUGAUAAGUCUGUGAAAGGUCCAGAUGGACUGACCGCCCUUGAAGCCACUGACAACCAGGCAAUCAAAGCUCUUCUCCAGUGAUGGAUGGAUGGACUGAUAACUUGGGAAGAAUGACUCUCCUGUGGCCUCACACUGCUGCCUGUCUGUCUGUCACUCUCUAUCUGCCAGCUUCUUCAGCUCAAUACUUUAAGAGGGGUGAGGGGAGAGAGAAAUUCAUAACAAAUCAGACUACCAGAAACAAACCUUGUUUUGGAGGAGGGGAAAAAAACAUGUGGUCAGGCUUUUACUAGGAUUCCUGAUCAAGCCAGCCUCUUUUCCAUUUCUAAUAAAAUGCACAGCUUAUACCCAAGGGAGAGCAAAGACACAAUGUAGCGGGAUCAUUUGGACCUUUUCAGCUCCCACGCUAAUUAGAUUGUGUCAAAGGUCUGAUUAUACAAAGGCCAACUCUACCUAUUUGGUAGCCCUAGCUGUGAACAGUAGUGGCUGCUGUGAUGUAAACUUAGGGUGCUGAGAUCAGCAAUUAGCUACAGCCUUCUGCCUUAAGAUUGCACUCUCCUGGGGGUUCCUGGCUAGUUAAGAGCGCUGCCUGUGGUUGGUGACCAAAUCUUUCCUCAGUGACUCUGAGCUUUACAUGAAAGUUCAGUUAAGGUGAGGAGGGGCACACUCCUAAUUUGCUGGAGACUGAACUUUGGAUUUUCUCUCCCCUUUCACAUGUAUUUCAUGUCUCUAGAUAAAACUGACUAGUUUUAUUUAUAAAAUCUUAAAUUUUAGAAGUCUAAAGGAAGAAUCAUUCCAGUAUGUAUUUUUCUUCUCUAGAUUCAGACAUUUAUGUAACAUUGAAACACUUUUAAACUCCUGCUGGUAGUAAAAGGAGACUUAAAAAUAGAAUCAGGCUCUGGGGAUGUAGUUCAGUGGUAGAUCACUUUGCCUAGCAUACACAACCCUGGGUUCAAUCCCCAGCACUUCAAGAAAACAAAACAACUCCUUGUCUAAAAAUAAAAUCAUAGCCAUAAGUAUGUUAGUAUCAUAUGAAGAGAGAAUAGUUGUCUUGGUACCUCUGGAUUUUUUUCAUUUGCUAUUUGAGUGACUUGACCUCAGUUAUGUUUGAAGAGUCAGAAACAUUCGUUGGAAUGAUCUCUCUUACCCAUCUUAGAUCUGAUUACUUAGUGCACCAAAGCUAUCACUGGAUUUACUAUUUGGACAAAUUUAAUCCCAUCCUUUCAAAAGUAUGCUUGGUAUCAUUUCCCCGAAUUGUUGAUAAGUUUCUCCUGAACACAUGCCAACCCACCUGCCUAACAUUUUUGUUUCUUUUGUCAAUCAUGUAUUGCAUAAAGAGUGACAGUUCAAAAUACAUUCUGUGUUCUUAGAAUUACAGUGCCCUAAAAUGGUGUUCUUAUGACCUGCAGAAAACUUAGACACAUUUAAAAAUGUUUAUUUCAUGAACAGUAAAAUUAAUUGAAACAUGUAAUCUUAAAUUUGGUAUUUUGCAUUUAAAAUAUUAUGAUUUCUUUGACUUGCCAUCCAUAUAAGCUUACUAAAAAUAUUAGGAUUUUUCCUUAGCCAAAUCAUGCAAUAUUUGAAUGUACCUCAAAUUUUUAAAGGGGGGUGGGUGGGUUAGGGACUUAUAUUCAGAUUGUGGGUAAUAAAGAACUAAUGAUUUUUUUAAGGCAAUGUAGCAUUCUACAGCAGGGUUAAACUAUUGUCAGGAAUAGUCAGCCUGGCUAAUAAUAAAUUUUAUUGGUCAGUUGCUGAUUAGUUGGUUGGCAUGCAUGAGUGAGUGGGUGCACGUGUGUGUGUGUGUGUAUCCCCAUGACUUCUUUUUUUAUUCUGUGGCAUUUUUGCUUUCAACUAGCCUAACCCUGUAAUCUCCCUGUGUUCAAGAAAACAAUCACAAAACGGUUUAAAUACGUAGCUGUAUUUGGCUAAUUCUGCUGUCUUAAUGCAGUCUAUUAAGUUGAACAUCCUGAUUGGAAAGUGAGGGCACUCUGUCAGUCUAUAACUAUCAACAUAGUGCACCAGGGUAUUUUGAUACCUUUGUUUUCACCUCUUGGCAUAAUGCUAUUUAAAAGGCUUGAGUUUUACCCUUUACACAGUCUUCACCUUUACUUUCAAAGCGUUCGUUGUAGUUGGCUAUUGCAGAGAGUGCAUUUUCCUAUCAUUCCUAAACUGGUCUGCUUUCUACAGUCAUUAUGGCACCAAAACCAUGUGAUUCUUCAAUAUAGUUUAUCUUGAUGUUCCUUGUAAUGCAGUAGAGGCUACUUCGCCUUCCCUCUUCUUUCUUGGCCAUUUUGUAAACCCCAUAAGUAUGAAGCAAUUGCUUGAGAAAACAACAUGUAAGCAUAGAAUAGAAGAGACUGACCAAGAUGGUUUACAUUUUUUUUCUAACUAGAUUAUUUAUAAUGUAUUUCUGAACCACUUGGCAGAGAAGAUCAUAACACUUAAUGUUCAUAUUUUAGUAAAGGAAGCUAAAAUUAUGUCUGCUUUUUGGUACUUACAUGCAUUAGCAAAAGGCUAAGUUUUGUUCUCCACUGAAGUACUAUUUAACAUCUCAAAAAAAUUUGCAUGUUCUGUAGUCUUGUAUUAAAUCAGUCAUUUCGUAUGCAGUGUAUCAAGUAAAACAGGUGGUUUGCCUGUUUACUGUAGUACUAACACAUUCCCCCUGCAGCUUCAGACUGGAAUCUGUAGGCUUAGAGUUCUCAAAGCACCUAAAUAUCCCACGUAGUUCUGCUGUGCACAGCUCACCUAUCUAGACCCAGCCAGGCACAGAAAAGUAGGAGGUAAGUGCAGUGUGUGGAAGUCACAAGCAAAUAGGCCCUAUAUUCAUUGAUUUCUUUCUCCCAAAUAAUAGAUUUUGAAUUUACAUGUACCUAUUUCAUUUUUUUUUUAACUUCAACUAAGCUGCUGUUUUCUUCCAUGCAAUAUUGUAUACUCAAUUGUGUACAGAAGAAGCUGGUAAGAGUGCCCUCCUACAUAAAUAAGUAAUUGCUGUGUUUUGCAUGCAAAAUUUUAAAAAUUUAAAUUGUCCUGAUUCUAUUUUGUAAAUGGCAAAACAAUCAUCUUUCUAAGCAGUCAUGGAGGAAGACUAGAGCUUUGUGCAUUUUGAUAUAUUUGAGUUCAUUUUUCCACAAUGUCAUACUUUUGACAUAAUUGGGUUUCUCAUAAGUAUCCUAGUUCAUGUACAUCCGAAUGCUAAAUAAUACUGUGUUUAAGUUUUGUGUUGCAAGAACAAAUGGAAUAAACUUGAAUUGUGCUACA